AUGUGCACUGAUUAUAUAUAUCAACUUCUUGUGCAGUGUUUCUGCGUCUCAAGGCUGGUGUCCGUUGUGAGUUUAAUAUAUCUGGGGACAACAAGAAACGGUUACCUGUACCUAGCUGAGACGCUGUUUUUCACACUUAACGGGAAGAAGAUCAACAUUUCAAGCUUCCGUUUUCAUCCAACCGACGAAGAGCUUGUUGCAUACUAUCUCAAGAGGAAAAUAAAUGGGCGUAAAAUCGAGCUUGAAGUUAUUCCUGAAGUCGACCUCUACAAGUGCGAACCCUGGGAUUUACCAGGGAAAUCAUUAUUGCCAAGCAAAGACCUAGAGUGGUACUUCUUCAGUCCAAGAGAUCGUAAAUACCCAAAUGGAUCAAGAACAAACCGAGCCACCAAAGGUGGGUAUUGGAAGGCAACGGGGAAGGACAGGAAUGUAAAUUCACAAUCAAGAGCCGUUGGGAUGAAGAAAACCCUAGUUUACUACAGAGGAAGAGCACCACAUGGAGCUCGUAGUGAUUGGGUUAUGCAUGAAUAUCGCCUUGACGAGAGAGAAUGUGAAAAUGAAUCUGGUCUUAAGUUGCAGGAUGCUUAUUCACUUUGCCGUGUGUUUAAGAAGAGUCUGAAUGCUCCAAAGACGACCAUUGGAGUACAUUAUGCUGCAGCAGUCAGUGAUCACUCAUCAAGUAUGGACCUUUAUUCAGAGGGAGGAAGGGGUGGUGAAGAUAUGGAGACUUGUAAUUAUCCAACACCAAUGGCUUCAUCUUCCUCUAAUAUCAACCAUGGAUCACCACAUAAUGUAAGUGACUCGAGUGAUGGGAGAUGGAUGCAGUACUUAUCUGAAGAAGCGUUCGCUUUCCCGAAUCCAUCUUUCACCAACUAUGGGAAUGUUUCUUUUCCCCCAACCAAGGUUGAUAUAGCAUUAGAAUGUGCAAGGCUGCAACAAAGGUUAUCAAUGCCUCCAUUACAGGUACAAGAUCUCCCACAUCAAGGGGCUACAAGCUACGUGGAUUUAAUGAAUAUGCAACAGACAAGCAGCAGCAUGCGCGAUGUCACAACUACAAAUGGUCCUCAGCAGGACAUAUUGCAUGAAAUCCUUUCGCUCGCUCAAGUUUCCCAGGAUCACAUCAAUCAGAACACUUGGGGUGGAGGUUAUUCCAGUCAUCAGGAAGAUGAUUUUUCGUUUUUGGAUGAUAAUGAUAACAACAAUCAAGUGCAAGAUGUGGGCUCGUUUAGGUUCAUGGGGGAUGAUCAGAAUGUUGAUGGUGUCGAUGAACAACAGCUCAAAAGUGAUAGAAUGGUUGAGAAUUUGAGAUGGGUUGGCAUGUCUAACAAGGAUCUUGAGAUGACUUAUUGGGAAGAUUACAAGAAUGUUCCAGUGGAAAAUAUGCCAAGUUUUCAAAAGGAGGAGCAUGAGGUUCAAGGAGAAAGCAGCCAUCAAAACAAUUUCGACAAUACAGAAGAUCACUUCUCACUUGGAAUCACCACCGAGGACCAUGACAACUCGAAUGAAAACCUGUUAGACGAAACCGAUUUAGAGGACUUCACUACAACUCCAAGCUUUGAAAUCUACGAGAAAACCAAAGUCAGUACUCAUGGGUUGAUUGUUUCAACCCGACAGUUUUCAGAAACCUUCUUCCACCAAAUCGUACCUUCCCAAAUAGUCAAAGUCCAUCUGAACCCAGGAACGAUACAUGAUCAGACGGUAUCUAAAUCCGAUGGCCAGACAACGCUUAGCAAGAAAGUUUUAUAUGACAAGUUCAAGAUGAUCACAAGUUCCAAACCAUUUGAGAGUCAACAGAAGAUGGUGGUGAUAUGA